GAGAAGAGGAAGAGGAGGAGGGCGCAACCGCUGUUGCAGUCAGGGCGAUUUAAGCGCAGCGCAUUCCUGCACAGCGCUCACAGCGGAGGACGAGCCGCGGCGACACGCACGCACAGACACACGCACACACACGGCGCCUCACGGGGGCCCGGAGCGCACCUAGAAGAGAAGAAAAAAACCCUUCAAAUUGGAGGUGGAGGAAGUGCCGGGUGUCGCCCUGAACACGCACGCUAGCCUCGGCUCGGGCUAACGGACGGGCGCGAUGUCGGAGUUCCUGGUGAGUCUGCUCGGGGAGCGGCUCGUCGACCGCGAGAAAGCCGAGGUGGACGUGCAGUCGGCGGGCGCCAAGCUCUCCCUGGUCGGGCUCUUCUUCGGAUGCAGCCUGAACGCCCCGUGCAAGCAGUUCAACGGCAGCCUGUGCGAGUUCUACGGCAGGUUCAAGAAGGCGUCGGAACACAAGGACAAAUUGGAGAUCGUCUUCGUCUCGUCCGAUCAGGACCAGAAACACUGGCAGGACUUUUUGCAGGAGAUGCCGUGGCCCGCGUUGCCUUUCAAAGACCGACACAAAAAGAUGAAGCUGUGGAACAAGUACAAAGUAACCAGUAUCCCAUCUCUGGUGUUUGUGGACGCAACGACGGGGAAGGUGGUGUGUCGAAACGGUCUGCUGGUGGUCAGGGAUGACCCCAAAGGCCUGGAGUUCCCCUGGGGCCCAAAGCCAUUUGCGGAGGUGGUGGCAGGGCCUCUGCUCAGGAACAACAGGCAGACAACCGACAGCAGCUCCCUGGAGGGACACUAUGUGGGAGUGUACUUCUCCGCACACUGGUGCCCCCCGUGUCGCAGUCUGACCCGGGUGUUGGUUGAAACAUAUCGAGCUGUGAAAGAGUCCGGUCAGAAGUUUGAGAUCGUGUUUGUCAGUGCUGACCGGUCCGAGGAGUCCUUUCAGCAGUACUUCAGCGAGAUGCCCUGGUUGGCGGUGCCAUAUUCGGAUGAGGCUCGGCGCUCACGACUCAACAGACUAUAUGGGAUACAAGGUAUUCCCACGCUGAUUCUGCUGGACGCAGAGGGUCACAUGAUCACGCGACAGGGCCGCGUGGAGGUGCUGAACGACCCGGAGUGCCGGCUGUUUCCGUGGCACCCUCGGCCCGUGCUGGAGCUCAGCGAGUCCAACGCCGUGCAGCUACACGAGGGGCCCUGCCUCGUCCUGUUUGUGGACGCCGAGGAGGAAGGUGAAUUGGAACCAGCCAAGGAGCUAAUUCAGCCAAUAGCGGAGAAGCUUAUGGUCAAGUACAAGGCAAAGGAGGAGGAGAUGCCGCUGCUGUUCUUUGUGGCUGGAGAGGAUGACAUGAGUGACUCCCUGCGGGACUACACUAACCUCCCCGAAGCAGCGCCUCUGCUCACCAUCCUGGACAUGUCUGCUCGAGCCAAGUACGUCCGCGACGUAGAGGAGAUCACGCCGGCCGAAGUGGAGCAAUUUGUCAGCGACUUCCUGGCCGAAAAGCUGAAACCAGAGCCCAUUUAAAGCGGAAAGCCACGUAUAAAUUGGACAUGCUAUGUGGGACUCACUCCAUCAUCGGACCCUGACCCGUUUGCAACCUCCCUCGCAAUUCCCAUCCUUGUACGGUCUCUCCCACCUGCCCGCUGACUUAGUCACAGUUAAAGAGAUCUCACCUUUUUUACUGACAUUUUACCUUUUUAUUUUAUUUUAGACAUGUCCUCCUUGUCUCCUGUGGUGCCUUGCAUUGACGAUAGUCCCUACAGUAAUAUAUAUGGAGUUUUUUUUUUUUGCCUGAAGAAAAUCUGUAUUUUUCUUUUCUCACAAUAGCAUUUCUGAACCAGAUAAUUACCCUGUGGACCUACUUUAUUCAGCUGAUUCUUUGCUUUAUUGGUUACUUCUGGUUCUUGAAUGAUGGGAAAGAACAAAAGGCAUUUUUACUGUUUUAAUUCACAUGUAGUGCAACAAUGCUUCACCUCAGUUGGAUGUAGCCGUAAGCCUUUCUGGCCCUAUUUAAAAGAUAAAACACAGGUGCACAUACACUUAAGCGCACAUUAAACUUGCUUCUUAUCGACCAAAUGACUGCUAUUUUAAAACCCCCGUGUCUAGUUGUAAGUGAAAGUCAUCUCUUGCCAGUUGUUAGUGGGGCUUCUCAUCUCAGUCAUGAGGAUUUUCUGUGAAGGUCCCAUGAUUUAAAGACCAGGUUGUUUCUGAAGGCAUAGAAAUGGCAUUUGAAGAGUUGAAUGUAUAAAUCCCUGUAUUCUGGUACUUUAGUAAUUACUUCUCACACCCAUUAAAAUUCACUGGCAAGCAGUUUUUUUUCCAUCAAUAAAGUUAGCUCUUGGAUAUGUAAA